UGUAGUCGUUUAUAUCAUAAAAUGCGUAUUUGUUCGACAGCAGGCCAGAAAGAGCGAGUCCAACUCUGCGUUGUUUACAUAUAACGUUAACGCUAACGUUACUGGAGUUAACGUUAAAUCCACCGAGCUCCAAGAGCCGGGGAAUAAAUCUCCUCCCGAAUGGGAUUAGUAUUUAUCUCAGAUGAGUUUAUUCGCAUAUAAAAGUAUUCUAGUUCUGCUUGUACUUAUGUGGUUAAUCUCGUUUGCUAACCGGCUAAUUGACCGUGGAUUCUUGCUAGUAAUUUAGUCGUUAAAGCUAAUGGGUAUAAACGAAGUUCAUGAUAAAGCGUUCCUAUAUUUUAGAAGCUUGUUUAAACGCUGUCAAAGAUAUUACUAUAAUAUAAUAACAAUUUUCUCAUAAGUAACAAUAUCCCAAUGUGAGGGUUUGUUGUUAUGCAAAACUGAACUGCGUGCAACACUUCACGUAACGUAAAUAAAGGCAAUUCAUUCUGAAUACUCUGGCUCAGACCCUAGUGAGCUGCAUACCUAGACAGCAUUUCUGGGCAUUGUCUAGUUCUCCUCUAUGCUCCAGCUGCGGCCGGUGGAGGAGGAUGAAUCAGCUGCUGAGAGUCUGGAGCUGAACCGAGCUGUGGCAUACAAUGACCAUUUCCUGUUGGCCGAGCUACUUUCACAAGAACGUUACAGGAAGUGCAUUAAUCAGCAGACCGGUUGGGGGAUCCCAGGUACCCCGUUACGUAUGGCUGCGUCAAAAGGUACGUGUGUCACCCUUCCAUGCACUCUCAGAUGUCACAUCUGAGUUUGUUGUCCACCACGACCACAACGCAGCAAUUAUUUGCCCUGUAGGUCACCUGAGGUGCCUGCAGUUGCUCCUGGCCCAUGGGGCAGAGGUAGACCGACUUGAUGUUAAAGCCCAGACCCCUCUUUUCACUGCUGUGUGUGGGCGUUACCUGAGCUGUGUGCUCGCACUUCUCCGUGCCGGAGCUAAUCCAAAUGGAAGUCAUCUGAACAACAGCUCGCCCGUGCUCACUGCCGCCCGAGAGGGUGACCCGGAGAUCCUCCGCCAGCUGCUUCAGCAUGGGGCGGAGGUCAACGCCAGGUCAAAGGUGACGCUGUGGGCCUCAGGGGUUGCUGUGUGCAGUGGCCCGCUUUACCUGUCAGCCAUAUAUGAACACCUGGAUUGCUUCAAAAUGUUGCUGUUAUAUGGGGCAGAUCCGAACUAUAACAGUCCGGAUGAGAAGGUGAUCGGCAGAGCCACGCAGCAGAAGACAGUCCUGGAAUUGUGUUUGAGACACGGCUGUGGGGUCGAAUACAUUCAACUGCUCAUUGACUUUGGGGCAAACGUCUACCUGCCGACCCUCAUUAUAGAAAAGAGCACCAAACAGAAUGAAGCUCUUGAGCUGUUGCUGAAAGAGCGAGGGUGUCCGAAGACUCUUGCAUCUCAGUGUAGAUUGGCUAUUCGUAGACACCUGAUACAGGUGAACAAGAUUCAUUCUUUGGACUCUCUGGAAAUUCCACCCAGGCUCAUCGACUAUCUCAAACACAACCCUGUGAACAGUGCAUUGGUUUACUGACAAAACGGAGUACACUCCAUUGUGCCUUUACUAAAGGACAGACUCAUUUAUUCACACACAGACUGGACAGGUGGACCAUACAGACAUCAGAGGGAACGAAACAGACAGAAGAUCUGGACUUAUGAUGUGGACUCAUUCGUAUGCAAUCUCACAGACAGACCGAUACACUGCUAACAUCCCUGGUUUACAUAAACUGAGUGUGUUAAACCUCCUCAUAAAUGUAUUUGCUUUAAUGUCCUUCAAAAUUGAAAGUGUAUAUUACCAGAAGUGUUGUUGUU